AUGAACUACCUCCGGAUUCGCGAUUCAAACCUCAUGCAGGCAGAUGGCAACCCAUAUGUCUCUUCUCGUGGGAUGCAAGGCCUUGUUUUGAGCGUUGUGUUUACUUCGCUGGCCGCGUCCUUUGUGGCGGUCCGUCUUUACACACGCCUCAAGUUCUUGCGACGGUUGGAAGCAAAUGACUGGAUGGUUGUGUUUGCUCUGAUCAAUUCGUUCGUCUUCAUGGGUCUGGACAUUGUUGAGGCGACAAGUGGAAUGGGGAUGCACCUGGCAGAUAUUCCGCCUGAUAUUCUCGAAAGACAGAUGAAGGCCUUCUGGCUCACGAUUCCCUUCUAUAAUGCAGCCGUGCUAUGCGCCAAAGCCUCCAUCCUCAUGCAAUACUUCCGCGUAUUUCCCACGCGCCGAAUGCGCAUUGUCUGUUGGGUGCUAAUUUCGAUACUGGGUAUAUACGGUACUUGGUGCAUAAUUAGUGCAUUCCUGACAUGCAUUCCCGUCGCCAAAUUCUGGGAUCCUGCUCUACCGGGGUAUUGUUUAAGUCGAACCGGUCUGUGGUUUUCGAAUGCUAGUAUGCAUAUUGCCACCGACCUUGCGAUUUUGAUCAUUCCGAUUCCGGCCUUGAUUGCGAUCGAUAUUCCGAGAAAACAGAAAGUCAUUUUGAUGGUCAUGUUUGGACUAGGUGGAUUUGUCUGCAUUACAAGUAUCAUCCGUCUAACGGCCCUGAAGAAGAUCGCAGACUCACUCGAUCCAACAUACGACAACGUCGGCGCAGCGUCCUGGUCUGCCAUCGAAUGCAACACCGGCAUAAUCUGCGCCUGCCUCCCCACCCUCAAACCCCUUCUCUCCAAAAUCCUCCCGGGCCUCGUCUCAACCUUCACAUGCAGCAAGCCCACCCGCACAAGUAUCGGUCCCGUAAAACGCAACGAUGUCUCCGAGACCGGCGUCCCCUGCGAAGACCUCGAAUACGGCCCCCCGGACAAGGACAAGGAUAACACCAACGGUGCACACAGUGACACCGCACCCAAGUCCCCGGAUGACGUCCACUUCAUAGCAGAGAAGACUUAUCUUCCCAACGCGGCAUAUGUUGCCGAUAUCACGUAUCAUCCGGGUGGGGGAGCAGCACCGGUGUCAAAAUAG